UCAAAUACGACCAUCUUUGUCAAGAACCAAAUUUGAAACAAGGGCAUGGAAGAGCCUGAUAAAGGGAAGGAAAAGGAAUUGAAAGGGAGAGAAGAGGUUCGAUACCGGGGUGUUCGAAGGAGACCUUGGGGAAAAUUUGCGGCGGAAAUACGAGACCCAUCAAGGCAGGGAGCAAGGUUAUGGUUAGGGACAUUUGAUACAGCAGAGGAGGCAGCUCGUGCUUAUGAUAGAGCUGCAUUUAGCAUGAGAGGUCAUCUUGCAAUCCUCAACUUUCCUAAUGAUUAUCUCUCUCAAGUGAUAGGAUCUUCUCCUCGUCGUCCACCAGUUUCAUCAUCUAGUAGUGAUGUUGGUGCAAGCGAGAGUUUUCAGAGGGGAAGCUCAUCGAGUGACGGACAAGGAAAGCAAGUUAUCGAGUUUGAGUACUUGGAUGAUAAGAUUUUGGAGGAGCUUCUUGAAACAGAAGAGGAGAAGAAGAAACGGCAGCAAGAUUGAGUUUUAGUUUUUUCUGUGCCUGUUCCUUUCUUUUUUUGUUCUUGAUUUAAGCUUAUUCAAGAAUUUUUUCAAGAAAAAUCUCUAUGAUUUUCAUAUUAUUAGUUCUUACUUCCACAAGAUGAAUAAGAUUGUUAGGGAUCCAUGAGUUACCCAACUACUGGGGAGAAAUGGCGUGUCUAAAUUAGUUGACAACGAUAAAUUUGGUAUGGAAUUCUUGAAAUUUACAUGUAAUGAUACCUUGCCCCUUUAACUCAAAAAUAUGUUGAGCUGCUCACUCGUUGCCCCUCUUCAGCCGAGGGAGAGAUCACCCAUGCAAUACGGACCUUUUUCUCACCAAUCCAGUAAAUGUAAUUUUAAUUCCUAAGCUCAUAGCCUUAGCUUCUUUUCGUUUUCAUUUUUUUUUUAACAUCAUACAAAGUUUACGAUUUGAAAUCCUACCAAAUCAAACCAAAACUGUAUGGUAUGAAGUAUUCUUAGCA